ACAUAAGAUGUCAUUUUAAAGAGAUAAGCAAAUCGAUUUGUGGGAAAGAGACAGAAAAAAUUCGCAUAAAUAUCAAAACAGUGGAUUCCAGAAAAAAUAACAGCACCUUAACCUCAUGGGACCCACCAACGGUGUCGUUUCGAGGAGAGCGCGCGGGAACAGCGCGGGAGCUGUUUCCCAAUGCACUGCACACUUCAUUACAUCAUAACUGCCAAAUUCAAGGAAGGGGCACUAUGAACCCAUGUGAGGAGUGGGCUCCAUUGGAGGAGUGUGACAAGUGA